GCGUUGUGGGGAGCGGCGCUACCGCUGUCGUGAGAACUAGGAAACCUACCUUGAUCUAAUAAAUGCUGAAAGACAAGAAGAAUGAGGUUACAGAAUCAAAAAUGUACUUAAACCACUGAAUGUGUUUCUUAAAAGGAUGCUCUACAGAGAACUUUCUUUCCUCAAGAGAAACCAUGCCAUUUUUGGGCCAAGACUGGAGAUCCCCUGGAUGGCGAUGGGUUAAAACAGAAGAUGGAUGGAAACGAUGUGAACCCUUCAGUCCUGCACUUGAGGAUGGGAAUAAUCAGCUGAAUGAUAUCAGUCACACUGUCAUUAUAACUGGUGAUGAUGAGGAUGAAGAAAUAUACAGUACUGAAGAUUGUGAGUUUGCAGCCAAGAAAAGGAAAAAAGAUCAUUUUAGGAAUAACACAGAUUCGCAAUGUUUUUAUCGUGAAAAGUGGAUUUAUGUUCAUAAAGAAAGCACCAGGGAAAGACAUGGCUAUUGCACUUUGGGAGAAGCUUUUAACCGCUUAGACUUUUCAAGUGCAAUUCAGGACAUCAGAAGGUUCAAUUAUGUGGUCAAACUUUUGCAGUUAAUUGCAAAAUCCCAGUUAACUUCACUGAGUGGUGCAGCACAGAAGAACUACUUUAACAUUUUGGACAAAAUUGUGCAGAAGGUCAUGGAAGACCAAUAUAAUCCACGAUUAAUCAAAGAUCUUCUACAGGAUCUGAGUUCUACCCUCUGUAUACUGAUUAGGGGAGUAGGAAAAUCUGUGUUGGUAGGGAACAUCAAUAUUUGGAUUUGCCGAUUAGAAACUAUCCUUCUGUGGCAACAACAACUAAAAAACCUUCAGAUGAACAAGCAAGUCAACAACGGUCUUACGCUUAGCGAUCUCCCUCUCCAUAUGCUGAAUAACAUCUUAUACAGGUUCUCUGACGGCUGGGACAUUAUUACUCUGGGUCAAGUGACCCCAACUUUGUACAUGCUCAGUGAAGACAGACAGUUGUGGAAAAAACUCUGCCAGUACCAUUUUGCAGAAAAGCAGUUUUGUAGGCAUUUGAUUCCAUCAGAGAAAGGUCACAUUGACUGGAAGCUGAUGUACUUUGCACUUCAGAAAUAUUACCCAAUAAAGGAACAGUACGGGGACACCUUGCAUUUCUGUCGACACUGUAGUAUUCUGUUUUGGAAGGACUACCACCUUGCUUUGUUACUCAAGGAUACAGGACACCCCUGCACAGCCAGUGAUCCAAACACCUGUCUCAUGCCAGUGUCUCCUCAGCAUUUCAUUGAUCUCUUCAAAUUUUGAGACGUUCAGUAGCUGUUCUCCUGUGUUUGUGGCCAUUUUUGUGAAGAGUCAGGCAGGAUACGUUAUGCUUUUUGUGCAAUAUAUUUAAGUGUAAUGUUCUGUUGUAGUUUAAAAAAAAAGCUAUGGGGGAGAUUAUCAGACAGGUUUAUUUGGCAUAUUGUUUUUAUGCAGAAAAGAGCUGAGGAGAAGGAAACACAUUAAGAAAAUUUCUUUGUCAGGAAAUCUGCAGUGGACUUCUUUUCAAGUCCAAGAAAGACCAUUUUAAUCUCAAGUUUAAAUCCAUUCUUUUGAUGCCUUAAUAGUUGGUUAAAAUUAUGUGGGGGAGUUUUGAAAAUUUCAUGGAAGAGUUAAACUACUCUUACAGGGACCAAAGGAGGGUUGUGGGGUUUUUUUUUUUUUGUUAAUCCUUCUUUCUUUAAGCCACUGUUUUCAAAACACCUCCAUAUAAUUUGCACUAUUAUAAAGAAUAGGCCAAUAUUCUCUUGGACUCUUGAUAUAUCAUUACCAAGGUGGCAUUAAUCAUUGUGAGCUAGUGAAUAAAAUAUAGCUGUGGUUGUAUCUGUUGUUGAACCUAUGAAUGAAGGAAAUCAACCAAUCUUUGUACAUACAUUAUGCAAAAAUAUUUAUUUUUCUUAAGGACUUUAUUAAACAUGUAACCUAUCUCAGCACAUCCUGCAUAACUCAAGACAGAUCUGGGGCUACUGGAAAGUCAUUUUUUUGAUGGUAGCUACAGCCUUCAUUUAUACUGUUUGGUAUGUCUACAAAUGCAACUGCAUUAAUUCAUCUUCUAAGAAGAAGACAUUAUUGAAAUUUAAUGAGAAUGGAGUUGCUUGUUUCUAGACUGGUACAGUGGCAGGACAUUAUACUACCAACUGAGGUCCUAACCUGACAAGUCUUUACAAGCUAUGGGAAACACUGAAAGUCAGUCUGAGCUGAAGCACCUUCUGCCAAGUUGAUCAGAUGAUAAAUUCUCCAGGAAGUUCUUUUCUUCUGUCCUGUAGAACAAAAUUUAAUUGCUGGGCUUAGGCAGGUAAAGGAAAAAUUAGGGAAGUUUUGGGUUUGUCAAUGAAAUUUAACAAACAAUAUGUAAAGUACAGAAAAAAUAAAUCAUGUACUAUAUUCUGCAUUUGCUUGUUCUGAAUCUAGUUUUGUACAGUGUAAUAAAUGGUGGUUUUAUCUAUUA